CGUGAAUCAAUAAUAUCGGCGAUAAGUCAUGUUGGUGAUUGGGAAGUGGGCGAUCGAUGUAAAAUUGGUGAUCGAGUUGGUAAUAUUGUUUUCAUUGGACCUACUCGUUUUGCACCGGGCGAAUGGAUCGGCGUCGUUCUGGAUGAACCAGUCGGGAAAAAUGAUGGAAUGGUGGAUGGAAAGCGCUACUUUCAGUGCGAUCCCAAUCAUGGCUUAUUUUGUAAGGCGAGUAAAUUGGAGCGUGUUACCUUAUCACCAGCAUCGAAUGCUGGAUGUUCCGAUAAAGUAUCCACAAAUCCUUUCGCUGCACAAUUCGGCGUGAUUGUCAAAUGCAUAAACGUUACCGUAUUGAAUGCAAAAGUAACCUUAUUGAAUGUGACACUCAUCAUCUACCUGAAAGAUUUCAGAUUUGAUAUUGGUGAUCGUGUAGUGGUAUCAGGCGAAAAGAAAGGAACAUUGAGAUUUCUUGGGAACACCGAAUUCAAGGAGGGUGUUUGGGCUGGUAUCGAACUCGACCAACCGCUUGGUAAGAAUGACGGCAGCGUACAGGGGAAACGAUACUUCACAUGUAAAGCACCUUAUGGUUUAUUCGCGAUGGCAUCGAAAAUAACCCGUGCUCCCGAUCAGUCGCCGGCUAAAAUAAAGGUUCGUUCAAUUCGACAUACGCGAACAUCAGCACUACGUCAACGUUGGACAAGUCAAGAAUCGUUAACCUCAAUCGGUGCCUCAUCGAUUACGUCCUCUCGAAUCUCUCGUCCUNUUCAUUGCGCUAUGAUUCUCACCUUGGAUAGGCCAAUAGUUCUGUCGUCAUCACAAGGUCAGAGCGAACUGAUAAACACAUUACAAGAAUCGUUGAAAGAACGUGACAAGCAUUUGGAGCAGAUGAUAAAAGAACGAGAUAUUGAACGCAACGAAAUGGCUCGAUUGACAAGUCGUUGUGAAGAGGCAGAAACGAAAUUACUGCAAUUGCAAAGUGCAUCUUCAACGUCCUCAUCAACUACUGAUAAUAUCGACAAAUUAUCAAAUGAAAUCGAUAAACUCAAAAAGAAACUGAAGAAAGAAGAAAACGACAAACUCGAACUCAAAAUUAAACUCGACGAAUCCAAGGAGCGAUUAAGCGAUUUGACAUUUCGAUAUGAUGAAGAGACGAUAUUGAAUGCUGAACUGAAAGAGAAACUUGACGAAUUCGAGAAACAAACGAGUGAGAAAAAACCUGAGAUAAGUGAGGAGCAUGCAGCUGAGGUGCAAAAGUUAACUCAGCAAUUAAACGAUAUUCAAACGUCAUCGACAGAAACUCAGUCGAAAUUAAAUGAUCAAAACGUUCUGCUCAAGGUUCAGUGCGAUGAAUUAUCAACUCGUUUUGCAACAUUGCAAUCCGAAUUGGAUGAUGUUCGGGUGAAGUUGAAUGAAAAGGAAACCGAAUUAAAGAGAUCAAUUGAGACAUCAAAUGAAGAAUCAUCAAAAUCGAAAAGUAUUAUCGAGGAUUCACAACAGCAAAUUGAACAGCUUCAUGUUAAGCUCUCUCAAGCAGAAAAUGCGAAUGAAUCGUUGGAGAAAUCGUUGAAAGAACUGAGAAAGUCAAACGAAGAACUUGAACUGAAAUUCAACGAAGCAUCGUCACAGAAUGAGAAAUUGAUGACGAAUGUUUGUUUGUUUAAUGAUUUUGUUUCAAUGUUGGAAAAGGAAAACUCUGAACUGUCGAAGGAUAAAGCAGCGUUAGAAUCUUCGCAAAUCGAUUUUGAAGGCAAACUGAAAGAAGCGAAUUCACGAAAUGAACAAAUUUCAUCGAAGCUGGAAGAAAGUGAAAAGAAAAUUGAAUCGUUCACUAGAAGUCAUGAGGAACAAUCAAAAGAAGUGCUCUCAUCGAACGAGAAGUUACAAAAAUUGACGGAAUCACUCUCGACUAGUGAAGUGCAGAGGAAGAAUCUGGAUGAGAAACUGAGUAAAGUGAUGACCGAAAAUGAAAGGUUACAGUCGGAACUCAGUGAUAUGAUAUCCCAAGUAACACAACUAAAGACUAAUAUAGAUGAAUUGACUGCAUCAAACGCAAAGUGGAAUGAAGAAAACGAGACGAAGAAACGAGAAAUAUCCGAAAAGGAUGGAUUUUUGGAACAAUUGCAAUCGAAUAUAAAUGAGUUAAAAAACAAAAACGAACAAAUUGAAGGUGAGAGUAAAGUGCUCAGAGAGAAUCUAAACGAAUCCACAAAACGACUCAGUGAAACAUCUGAGCACGUGAAAGAACUCGAAGAAAAGAUUAAGACACUUGAAGAGGAGAGAGCUGUCCUCACUGAGAAUGUAAUGUCAAAUGAAAAUGCUAACAAAAGUGCUACCGAAACGAUCAGUGGGCUAUCGGAUACUAUAAACAAGUUAGAAAUCUUCUUUUUCACUUCAGUUGAGUCAUCGGAAGAGAUUUCAUUUCCGAGAAUUUCAUUUGCAUUGCAAAACAAAAAUAGUGAGUUGAAUGAAGCAGUAGGAACGUUGACGGCUGCAAAAAAAGAUCUCGAACAGAAGCUCAAUGAAGCAGUUUCGUUGAAAGUUGAUUUGGAUGCAAAAAUCAGUACGAUUGAGGUUGAAAAUGAGACUUUGAUGGAGGCAAAGAAACAACGUGAACUUGACCUGGAAAGCGCUGAAGCUAAGAAUGUUAAACUAUCGCAACAAAUCAAACGACUGCAAGAGUCGUUAGGUGAAUCAACGUCUGCUGAUGAAAUGUUAAAGAAAGAAGUGGAAAUGUUACGCGAAGAAAAUAUUCGUCUCACAGAAACAAACGCUGCAAGGAUUGAAGUGUUGAGUACAGCAAAAGAAACGAAUUUAAAGGAGUUGAGUGCCGCAAAAAAUGAAUUGAACGCGAUGCAGUCAACCUAUUCUCUGGUGCAGUCAUCGUUCGAGAGGUACUAUUCUUAUUCGCUCAUAUUUUCUUGGAAGUUUUUGUUUGUUUGA